GCGCAGUAGCAGGCAGCGGUGAAGGCGGGAUUUGAGCUGUUGAGCCGCAGCGAGGCUGGGCUGGCGGGAGACUCGCCCCGAUGUACUUACGUGUGUGAAUCUUGCACAGAGCGAACACUUAAAAAGACCCGGCUCAGAGGCGGUGUAGGGGACGCAUUCCAGGCGAAAGUGCUGCCUCUCGGCCGGGGAGUGUUACGCUAACAGGCACCGGAGCUGUGGCGGUAUGGCGCGGGACUACGAUUACCUCUUCAAGCUGCUCAUCAUCGGCGACAGCGGUGUGGGGAAAAGCAGUCUACUGCUGAGGUUUGCAGACAACACAUUUUCAGGUAGCUACAUUACCACCAUUGGUGUGGACUUCAAGAUCAGGACAGUGGAGAUAAAUGGAGAGAAGGUGAAGCUUCAAAUUUGGGACACAGCAGGACAAGAAAGGUUCCGUACCAUCACUUCUACGUACUACAGAGGCACACACGGGGUGAUAGUGGUUUAUGACGUUACGAGUGCAGAGUCCUUUGUAAAUGUCAAACGGUGGCUUCAUGAAAUCAACCAGAACUGUGAUGAUGUUUGUCGAAUAUUAGUGGGUAAUAAAAAUGACGACCCCAGCUCAAAGGUGGUGGAGACCAAUGACGCACAGAAGUUUGCUGAGCAAAUGGACAUCAGGCUUUUUGAAACUAGUGCCAAGGAGAACAUCAACGUGGAGGAUAUGUUCAACUGCAUUACAGAGCUCGUUCUAAAGGCAAGGAAGGAGUCUGUGGCCAAGCAGCAGCAGCAACAACAGAGCGAAGUGGUGAAACUCAGCAAGAACAGCAAACGCAAGAAGAAAUGCUGCUAACAGACUGAACGCUCUUACAUCAGCUGAAAGCCAGCUGAACAUGCCACUGAACUGACAAGAGCCAGAAAACACAAAACGCAGUGUCCCGGGAGACACAAGCCAAAUAAAAGUUAAGAGAUGUAUCUAUAUUUAGAUUUACUAAUGAAAUUCUCGAUGAGCCCUUUUGGACUUGGGAAAUCUUAAAGGACUUGUACAGAUGUGUUUUUGUUUUUUUUAAUCCGGAAUGGGUCCACGUGGCACCCAUGUCCCUUCUGCAAGGGUCAAGGAAGACCACUGCCAUAAAGACUUUUAAAGAGCCUGAAAUGCUUUCCUUCAUAUCUGGCCCCACUGUCUUUCCCACCCACACACCUAUUUUUGAAAUGUUGGGAGCUGACCAGAAGGGCCAAAUUUCAUCUUGUUUUCAGUCAUAGGCUUGAGUUUGAGUGUUUUGUGACCUCGUGCCAUGGGGCCAACCGACAGAAAUGAGGAUGGGUAAUCAUGUGCUGGGUAGAAAUGUCAAUUUAUACAAUAUCACUGAAGCCAAUUAGAGAACUGACAUCAGGAUUCUUCUGGAAACCCCUCCCCUUUUCUAUUGAGCACCCAAUCAUGUCCUCAUGCUCCUCUGAUAGACAGCCAAAUGAAGUCACAGACAGAAAGCCUGGUCAUCCGUGGACCAAAUGCUCACUCUGCUGCCGAUCUCUCAGAGACAAGUGUUUUGCCUUUUUGCUCAUUUGUUUCUUUUGUUCUUCAGUUUCUUUUUGUAAAUUUGUAUUUUUUUUACUAACAGAACUAUACCACUGUAAACAAACAAACACAUGGGUAGCGCUCAUGGAAUCUGGUGUCAGUUAUUGGACCUUUUUGCUCUCGCAGUGCAGGAUGAAUUCAGUAUGAACAUCAGCACAGUGAAGGGACUGAACCUGACUGAAAAAUGGGUCUGUAGAAGCAGAUGACUAUUUGAUCUAAUCGAGAACAAUGUUGGACUUAACAAUAUUGGUUUUAGUGGAAGGAAAAAGGGUCAGACUUUCAAGAAUGUUGUCUGUGCACUGUUGGAAAUCAUCUCAUGAAUGCACACACAAAUAACGCCAGAUACCGACAGAGCACAUAAACAAAAUGCCCGUUAAAGGGGGAUUCCAUCUUGUUUUCAGAAUUUCUAUGUAAUUCAGUCGUGCAUUGUAGAGAAACUAAACAAGUCAGUAUUGUUCACAGUGGUGCUGAUAGGAACCAGUCUGAAGCAUUUAUUGUUUCCAAAAGCCUCACAGAAAGAUGUUUUGUGAAAUAGAAAUAUUUUUUGGCCUAAAACCUGAAUUCCUUAAUUGCAUAGUUGUAUGUCAGAAAGCAUGUUGUAAGAUAAAAAGUGACCAACUGAUUUUGUACGAUUUCCCACUAUUUAACCAUAAUCAAUAUUACAUAUUAAAACUCACAAGACACGGGUAGGUUUACUGGUCAUUUUGAAUAGUAAAUAAAAUGGUUUCUUUCACCAUCAUUAUAAAGGAAACUGGACUUAGUAAGUUUCUGUAUUUCACAUCAAACCACUAUGAAUGGCUUUCUUUGUAUUUCAGUGACUGAAUUAUGCAGAAAAUAGAAAAUUCCAUUUUAAAAUAUAUAUGUAGCUCUAUUGCAUACCUAGCAGUAAGAUCCAGUUUGUGCAGGGCACCCAUAAUUUAUAAGCAAAGUGCACAUCAAAAUUAAAUUUGAUCAAACUAAAAUACCCCAUGACGCACAGGAAACGGCCGGUUGCUAGUUCGGUAUCGUAUACAGCUGUCCAUGACACAACAGGUCCAUCGAACAUUUAUCAACAACUUUAAAACCACAGUAAAAUGGACAUCAGCCCUAAAUUAUGUGUGUGCAUAUCAGCAUUGUAUGUGAUGUACAACAGCAUUGUAUGUGAUGCACAUACAUAUGAAAUGACACAUAUACAAACACGCAUGUCUGUAUAUGGACACUGAUAUUUGUAUGUGUGUUUAUGUAUGCGUAAACGUGUUGAUCUGGUGUACACUGGAAAAAAGAAACUGAAUUAUUGCCACUCAUUGUUUGCCCCAUCAUGAAUCUAAUCGAUAAUAAUAAAACAUUUUAAGAUGA